AUGAGGCUGCCGUCAAACAGUGACAGAACACCUGCAAUGGAUUUUUCAAGAGCGCAAUCUCUACGGUAUCAGGCCAAAGGCAACCGACUAGGGGCAGUGUCGUCCAAAAGUGGCUCGAUAGAUGGCCCAACUCGAAAUAACCCAUUCGCCCACGACGACUUGUUGAUGAUAUUCACAUACAAAAGCGGGUCAUUUGUGCAAAUGCCACAUCCCCCCUCGUCGCUUUCGAUGCCUGUGGAGCCGACGCCUCUGGAAGCUCUCGAUGACGACCCACAGCCUGAACCUCCCGACGAUAGCAAGUCGGGCGUAGGAAAUACGCAAGAUUCAUCGCCUCGUGGUGAUCCGGCUCCAGACCAGAACCGCGCAAGUUCACGUCUCUCGCCGUCGCAAUCUGACCAAAUAGCUGCCGAUUGUCACGAGUCGCGAGUCGCAGCACAUUAA